UGCAGGUGGACUUGACAGGAAGGAUGGUGGACAACCCGAAAAUCUAAUGCGAGCGGUCUCCCUGGAACGUGACAUCCGGCUGCCUCGACGCUCCCAACCCUCUGAAACUCGAGACAAGAUAAGGAAAUCCGUGUCACUUGACCGUCGCCACCUCCCGGGUGCUGCUGCCAAAAAGAACAAGUCAGAUGGGAAGUUGAAUAAAGGCGAAGAAAUCAACCAAUCACAAAAGGAAUCAUUAGGUAAAGUCAGGAAGGGCAAAAGGACAGAAUCCAAAAAUUCAAAGGUAAAAGGAGCAAUUAUUGGUGGAGCAGCCAUAGCUGGGGGAACCGCUAUUGCAGCAGGUUUUGUCUCUACUCAAAUAGCAGAGAACGCUUCCAAUGCUAUCGGUAGUAAAGCACAGGACAUGGCUGCACUAGCUGAAAAUGUUGCUGAAAAUGUAGCUGCAGGUGAUGGAGAAAAAGAUGAAGAUUUUGCCUCAGAUACAGCAGAGGCAACUGAAGAUGGGGCUGCAGAUACAGCAGAGGAAACUGAAGAUGCGGUUGAAGAUACAGCGGAGGCAACUGAAGAUGCGGUUGAAGAGACAGCAGAGGAAACUGAAGAUGCGGUUGAAGAUACAGCGGAGGCAACUGAAGAUGCGGUUGAAGAGACGGCAGAGGAAACUGAAGACGCAGUUGAAGAGACAGCAGAGGCUACUGAAGAUGCGGUUGAAGAGACAGCAGAGGCAACUGAAGAUGCGGUUGAAGAGACAGCAGAGGCAACUGAAGAUGCGGUUGAAGAGACAGCAGAGGCAACUGAAGAUGCGGUUGAAGAGACAGCAGAGACAACUGAAGAUGCGGUUGAAGAGACAGCAGAGGCAACUGAAGAUGCGGUUGAAGAGACAGCAGAGGCAACUGAAGAUGCGAUUGAAGAGACAGCAGAGGCAACUGAAGAUGCGGUUGAAGAGACAGCAGAGGCAACUGAAGAUGCGGUUGAAGAGACAGCAGAGGAAACUGAAGAUGCGGUUGAAGAGACAGCAGAGGCAACUGAAGAUGCGGUUGAAGAGACAGCAGAGGCAACUGAAGAUGCGGUUGAAGAGACAGCAGAGGCAACUGAAGAUGCGGUUGAAGAGACAGCAGAGGCAACUGAAGAUGCGGUUGAAGAGACAGCAGAGGCAACUGAAGAUGCGGUUGAAGAGACAGCAGAAGCAACUGAAGAUGCGGUUGAAGAUACGGCAGAGGCAACUGAAGAUGCGGUUGAAGAUACGGCAGAAGCAACUGAAGAUGCGGUUGAAGAGACAGCAGAGGCAACUGAAGAUGCGGUUGAAGAGACAGCAGAGGCAACUGAAGAUGCGGUUGAAGAGACAGCAGAGGCAACUGAAGAUGCGGUUGAAGAGACAGCAGAGGCAACUGAAGAUGCGGUUGAAGAGACAGCAGAGGCAACUGAAGAUGCGGUUGAAGAGACAGCAGAGACAACUGAAGAUGCGGUUGAAGAUACGGCAGAGGCAACUGAAGAUGCGGUUGAAGAUACAGCAGAAGCAACUGAAGAUGCGGUUGAAGAGACAGUAGAGGCAACUGAAGAUGCGGUUGAAGAGACAGCAGAAGCAACUGAAGAUGCGGUUGAAGAGACAGCAGAGGCAACUGAAGAUGCGGUUGAAGAGACAGCAGAGGCAACUGAAGAUGCGGUUGAAGAGACAGCAGAGGCAACUGAAGAUGCGGUUGAAGAUACAGGAGAAACAACUGAAGAUGCGGUUGAAGAGACAGCAGAGGCAACUGAAGAUGCGGUUGAAGAGACAGCAGAAGCAACUGAAGAUGCGGUUGAAGAGACAGUAGAGGCAACUGAAGAUGCGGUUGAAGAGACAGCAGAAGCAACUGAAGAUGCGGUUGAAGAGACAGCAGAGGCAACUGAAGAUGCGGUUGAAGAUACAGCAGAGGCAACUGAAGAUGCGAUUGAAGAGACAGCAGAAGCAACUGAAGAUGCGGUUGAAGAUACAGCAGAGGCAACUGAAGAUGCGGUUGAAGAUACAGCAGAGGCAACUGAAGAUGCGGUUGAAGAGACAGCAGAGGCACUUGAAGAUGCGGUUGAAGAGACAGCAGAGGCAACUGAAGAUGCGGUUGAAGAUACAGGAGAAACAACUGAAGAUGCGGUUGAAGAGACAGCAGAGGCAACUGAAGAUGCGGUUGAAGAGACAGCAGAGGCAACUGAAGAUGCGGUUGAAGAGACAGCAGAAGCAACUGAAGAUGCGGUUGAAGAGACAGCAGAAGCUACUGAAGAUGCGGUCGAAGAGACAGCAGAGGCAACUGAAGAUGCGGUUGAAGAGACAGCAGAGGCAACUGAAGAUGCGGUUGAAGAGACAGCAGAGGCAACUGAAGAUGCGGUUGAAGAGACAGCAGAGGCAACUGAAGAUGCGGUUGAAGAGACAGCAGAAGCAACUGAAGAUGCGGUUGAAGAGACAGCAGAGGCAACUGAAGAUGCGGUUGAAGAGACAGUAGAGGCAACUGAAGAUGCGGUUGAAGAGACAGCAGAAGCAACUGAAGAUGCGGUUGAAGAGACAGCAGAGGCAACUGAAGAUGCGGUUGAAGAUACAGCAGAGGCAACUGAAGAUGCGGUUGAAGAGACAGCAGAGGCAACUGAAGAUGCGGUUGAAGAGACAGCAGAGGCACUUGAAGAUGCGGUUGAAGAGACAGCAGAGGCAACUGAAGAUGCGGUUGAAGAUACAGGAGAAACAACUGAAGAUGCGGUUGAAGAGACAGCAGAGGCAACUGAAGAUGCGGUUGAAGAGACAGCAGAGGCAACUGAAGAUGCGGUUGAAGAGACAGCAGAAGCAACUGAAGAUGCGGUUGAGGAGACAGCAGAAGCUACUGAAGAUGCGGUCGAAGAGACAGCAGAGGCAACUGAAGAUGCGGUUGAAGAGACAGCAGAGGCAACUGAAGAUGCGGUUGAAGAGACAGCAGAGGCAACUGAAGAUGCGGUUGAAGAGACAGCAGAGGCAACUGAAGAUGCGGUUGAAGAGACAGCAGAAGCAACUGAAGAUGCGGUUGAAGAGACAGCAGAGGCAACUGAAGAUGCGGUUGAAGAGACAGUAGAGGCAACUGAAGAUGCGGUUGAAGAUACAGCAGAAGCAACUGAAGAUGCGGUUGAAGAGACAGCAGAGGCAACUGAAGAUGCGGUUGAAGAGACAGCAGAGGCAACUGAAGAUGCGGUUGAAGAGACAGCAGAUGCAACUGAAGAUGCGGUUGAAGAUAUAGCAGAGGCAACUGAAGAUGCGGUUGAAGAUACAGCAGAGGCAACUGAAGAUGCGGUUGAAGAGACAGCAGAGGCAACUGAAGAUGCGGUUGAAGAUACAGCAGAGGCAACUGAAGAUGCGGUUGAAGAGACAGCAGAGGCAACUGAAGAUGCGGUUGAAGAUACAGCAGAGGCAACUGAAGAUGCGGUUGAAGAGACAGCAGACGCUACUGAAGAUGCGGUUGAAGAGACUGCAGACGCUACUGAAGAUGCGGUUGAAGAGACAGCAGAGGCAACUCAAGAUGCGGUUGAAGAGACAGCAGAGGCAACUGAAGAUGCGGCUGAAGAGACAGCAGAUGCUACUGAAGAUGCGGUUGAAGUGACAGCAGACGCUACUGAAGAUGCGGUUGAAGAGACAGCAGACGCUACUGAAGAUGCGGUUGAAGAGACAGCAGAGGCUACUGAAGAUGCGGUUGAAGAGACAGCAGAGGCAGCUGAAGAUGCAGUUGAAGAGACAGCAGAGGCAACUGAAGAUGCGGUUGAAGAGACAGCAGAGGCAACUGAAGAUGCGGUUGAAGAGACAGCAGACGCUACUGAAGAUGCGGUUGAAGAGACAGCAGAGGCAACUGAAGAUGCGGUUGAAGAGACAGCAGAGGCAACUGAAGAUGCAGUUGAAGAGACAGCAGAGGCUACUGAAGAUGGGGUUGAAGAGACAGCAGAGGCAACUGUAGAUGCGGUUGAAGAGACAGCAGAGGCAACUGAAGAUGCGGUUGAAGAGACAGCAGAGGCAACUGAAGAUGCGGUUGAAGAGGCAGCAGAGGCAACUGAAGAUGCGGUUGAAGAGACAGCAGAGGCAACUGAAGAUGCGGUUGAAGAGACAGCAGAGGCAACUGAAGAUGCGGUUGAAGAGACAGCAGAGGCAACUGAAGAAGCGGUUGAAGAGACAGCAGAGGCUACUGAAGAUGCGGUUGAAGAGACAGCAGAGGCAACUGAAGAUGCGGUUGAAGAGACAGCAGAGGCAACUGAAGAUGCGGUUGAAGAGACAGCAGAAGCAACUGAAGAUGCGGUUGAAGAGACAGCAGAGGCAACUGAAGAUGCGGUUGAAGAGACAGCAGAGGCUACUGAAGAUGCGGCUGAAGAGACAGCUGAGGCAACUGAAGAUGCGGUUGAAGAGACAGCUGAAGCAACUGAAGAUGCGGUUGAAGAGACAGCAGCGGCAACUGAAGAUGCGGUUGAAGAGACAGCAGAAGCAACUGAAGAUGCGGUUGAAGAGACAGCAGAGGCAACUGAAGAUGCGGUUGAAGAGACAGCAGAGGCAACUGAAGAUGCGGUUGAAGAGACAGCAGAGGCAACUGAAGAUGCGGUUGAAGAGACAGCAGAGGCAACUGAAGAUGCGGUUGAAGAGACAGCAGAGGCAACUGAAGAUGCGGUUGAAGAGACAGCAGAGGCAACUGAAGAUGCGGUUGAAGAGACAGCAGAGGCAACUGAAGAUGCAGUUGAAGAGACAGCAGAGGCAACUGAAGAUGCGGUUGAAGAGACAGCAGAGGCAACUGAAGAUGCGGUUGAAGAGACAGCAGAGACAACUGAAGAUGCGGUUGAAGAGACAGCAGAGGCAACUGAAGAUGCGGUUGAAGAGACAGCAGAGGCAGCUGAAGAUGCAGUUGAAGAGACAGCAGAGGCAACUGAAGAUGCGGUUGAAGAGACAGCAGAGGCAACUGAAGAUGCGGUUGAAGAGACAGCAGAGGCAACUGAAGAUGCGGUUGAAGAGACAGCAGAAGCUACUGAAGAUGCGGUUGAAGAGACAGCAGAGGCAACUGAAGAUGCGGUUGAAGAGACAGCAGAGGCAACUGAAGAUGCGGUUGAAGAGACAGCAGAGGCAACUGAAGAUGCGGUUGAAGAGACAGCAGAGGCAACUGAAGAUGCGGUUGAAGAGACAGCAGAGGCAACUGAAGAUGCGGUUGAAGAGACAGCAGAGGCAACUGAAGAUGCGGUUGAAGAGACAGCAGAGGCAACUGAAGAUGCGGUUGAAGAGACAGCAGAAGCUGCUGAAGAUGCGGUUGAAGAGACAGCAGAAGCAACUGAAGAUGCGGUUGAAGAGACAGCAGAAGGUACUGAAGAUGGGGCUGCAGGUGCAGCAGAGGAUCCUGAAGAGGACACCUCUGCUUCACCUGCAGUUGGGGCUGAUGAUUCAACAGAGGGAGAUUCAGUUGUGAAAGAAGAUUCUGCACCCGCUGAGGGAAGCCAAGAUGAGGAAGAAGAGACCGGCGACGAGAAGAAGUCUGACGAGGACGAGACGCCCGGCUCACCAGCACCUGCCACCGUAAGUUGUCCAGUGUCUUUGACCUGUGAUUAGGGAAAAUAAUGUCUGCUACUUCUAAUUUUAUUCGAGCUGAAUCUUUCUCCUAACACCUAAAUUUUAUGCAGCUCUCUUCCCAUACGUUUUCUCUUUGUGUUGCUCCAACAUAUUCUGGCACCGGUGCCACUACCAGACUUUUGAGUAUGUUGCUGCCUAUAUCUUGCUGGCCUGCCUCUGUGCCUCCGCGCUCAGCUUUACGCAGGUGUC